ACUCCCGUUAACCGCUGGUGUAGAAUCUCAGCCGUGAAAAGUGUCUUGUGGAGGCGGACAUUGUUGUGCUCAAUGUCCAGCCAAAUGAUGGCUUCAAAACAUGGCUUGACGUUCAAUUAACAUUUUGGAUGGACGCUUUUGAACGGGGGGGAUUUUAAAAAACGCACACCGCGCCAGGUCAUGAAGCGUUUGUGAAAGGAAGUGAAGAGUCCAUUGAGUCCAAUCUGUGGCGACGGAACACAACAUGGAACAUCCCGCUCCGUGCAUGGCAGUCUGAAGGCUUUUUUUUUUUUCUUUAAUUUUUAUUUUUACAGGAGAUGAUGAUGAUGAUGAUCGAGCGAGGCUUUUUUUCAAACGCAGCCCUCAUCCUCCACCUCCUCAUCUUCAUCAUCGGAGGAAGGUGAAAUAAGCAGAGUGGCCGUUGCUUCCGGAGGCCCGUUUUGCCGCUGCUUUUGUUUUUUGGACGACAAAUGAAUCUCUGCCGGUGUGACGUAUGCACCCAGAAGACACACUGGAUGUGGACGCUCAGCUCGUGAAACAAUUGCAGCCUUUCUGCACAUUCACAUUUUCUCAGGGUUGAAUCGAAAGAGACGAUGAACAACGAGGGGGAGGCGUCGACGCGGGAGCUGUCCAAGAUGUCGGACCGGGACCUGCUGGCGUGCUCCAAGGAGGAACUGCUGAGCCGCCUGCGCAAGGAGGAGUCGGAGAAGAUCUCGGCGCUGGUCCAGCGGGGGCGCCUGAUCAAGGAGGUGAACAAGCAGCUCCAGGGCCACCUGCUGGAAAUCCGCGAGCUGAAAGUCAUCAACCAGCGUCUGCAGGAGGAGAACGCCGAGCUGCGCGACCUGUGCUGCUUCCUGGACGACGACCGGCUCAAGGUCAAGAAGCUGGCGCGCGAGUGGCAGCACUUUGGCCACCACGCCGCCAAAGUCAUGCGCGAGGACCUGGGCGGCUACCUGAAGAAGCUGGCCGAGCUGGAGCGCACCCAGGACGGCCUGCUCAAGGAGAACCUGGACCUCAAGGAGCUCUGCCUGGUCCUGGAGGAGGAGUGCGUGGGCCGCGGAGUCGGCGGCGGCGGUGGCGGCAGCAGCGCCGGCGACGCCAGCCCCGCCGGCUCCGCCGAGCUGGCCUCGCCCUGCAUGGCGGCCCGGGACCUGGGCGACGGAAGCUCCAGCACGGGGAGCGUGGGGAGCCCCGACCAGCUCCGCUCCGUCUGCUCGCCCGACGACUGACCGCAUCGCCGCUGAGGGCUAGACUCUACGUAAGGGCUGUCUGUCCCCACCCCGCCGAUAUUUCUUUCCUCACCUGGCGACCAACCCACCGGAUCAUUGACUACUUUGGCUUAUUAGACACUCGACGACACUCAAACUCCAAAGGAAACGCAUUCCGACGGCUUUCCAGUUAUUUUAUAAUUGAACGUUGACGCCAAUAGAUGUCCGAUAGUUAAGUCUUACCGGGUAGUUACUUUGAACUCAAUGGCCGUCGUUGACGUCGCUAGACAUCCCAUCCGUCCGGACCGAGACGACCCACCGGUAGCGUUGCCGUGCCUCCCGGUCCGAACGGAUCGGACGUCUGUCGCCGCCGAUGAGGUCAAUAAGCGACUAAAAUGUCACAGUGUGAUACAGAUUCAUUGUUUGACAACAACGAACCUUUUUUUCUAACCGAGCAAAAGCCAUUCACGUGAACCAAAUGUUAAUGGCCAACCCUCUCAGUCAAACUGGAUAGGACGUAGAUCGCCGUCAAUGGCGGUGAAUGUGUUAGGAAGACGGAAAUGUUGGAAGUCAUGACAAAAUAAUUGCCUACGUUCCGACAACGUUCUCUCUCACACUUGACGGCUCUAAAGCCGGGGUCGCGGCCCAGGGGCAAUUUGCGGUCCGCGGGACAAUAUUCUGCGGCCCUCAAAUUUGAGUCGUCGUGUGCCUCGCGCAAAUUUUGCCAUGGGCAAUAUCAAACCAUUUAAAAAAAAAAAAAUCGAAAUACAUUUAUUCAAAAUCGGAUAAAAAGAAACACAUAAACUAGAUAUAAAAAUUCCAUGGGACAUAAAAUAUAUAUAAAUAUGCAAUAUCUAUAAAUCAAUACAAAUGUAAGGGUAAAAAAUAUAUUAAAAAUGAAUACAUUAUAAUUAAUGUUGUUUUUUUUUUUUUUUAUCAUAAAAAUAGUCAUAAAAAAAAAGGUACACUUAAAAAAGCCAUCGACAAUUUAAAAAUUCUGAAGUUUACAUUUCAAAAAAACAUUAGAAUUUAAAAAAAAAAGGAAACUAAUACACUUGAAAGCAAGGGUGUAGGUUUGGUCUCAACAUCGGUGGGGACGCUAUAACAGCAUAUACACUUUUUGCUGGGGACGGGACAUUAAUAGGACCAAACAGAUUGGGUAAACGGGGGUCGGGGCUACAUUUCUCACCAAUAUGCUGAUGUGUUUCCUACGUAAAAAGCAAAAAAAAUCUUAUUUUUAAGGGAGAAAAUGGGGGGAAUCCCCCUUGCGUCAUAUAAACGAAAUUUACAGUUGUUGUGUGUUUUUGUGUGUGUGUGUGUUUUGUGUCUGUUUGUUUUUUUGGGGGGAGGGUAAACUGUCUUCAAAUAAAAUUAUUUUUAAAUGUAUGAUGCAGAAAAUAAAUACAUUUUAAUUAAUGAAUAAAUACACAAAAUGCACAGUUAAAUUUACAUUAACACUAGAAAACACAUACUGUACAAGAAAAACCUUAUCUCUAAGCUGCUCGAGUUUUGCAGGUUAGCAGUUUAAUGUUAUGCUAACGCUGAUGCAGGUCGGAAUUUCAGUCGUAAAAUUAGUGGCGUAUUCCCCACUUCCACAACAUUGACGUCUUUUUACAUGACUUACAGUGGCCGCUGCUGCGGGCCGGCCGGAAAAAAAUUCUAAUAUCCCUUUUCUUCGAAGGGGGCGGAGGAGGCGGCAUGUCGACACAUAUUUUUGUCGAGGUUGUGUGAGUGUGCGUGUUGGUGUGUUCUAGUCAUCAGACAAUCAAACGUGCAUUUGGGGGGGAGGGGUGAAAAGGGGUAAAUGUAAGUCUGAACAAAAUGAAAAUAAUUCACUUAAUAUUGGUAGGGUCUUUUCAGUAUGAGAAGACGAUCUACAUAACUGAAGUCAUUAUAUCAUUCAAAUAAAGUUGCUUAAAAGCAUCCUGUUAGGUGUUAUGUCCCUACUGUCCCUAUCCAAACCUACGCCCUUGCUUUAAAGAAUGACAAUAAAUACAAACAUAGAGUAUUUGUCUGGGAAAUUUUGGUUUUGUUUUCAUUUUCUUAAAUCUCCUAGCUUGGUAAUGUUGCUACCGACAAGUUGGCUAAAGUGAAUGAGCAACAUUUUGGGGAGAAUCUUUGAUUGAGCCCUGUGAUUCAUUCCAACUCACUAAUCAUUCCCGAAUCAGUAGGCUCAUAAUGGUUCAAGGAUGAUUCUGAAGCCAGAGAUUGAUUGAAAGCCCUUCAUCAUUCCCGAUUCCCUCAUAUUCGUCAGUUAUAGUCGUUAUAGCGGAUGACAUCAUUCUAUUCUCAGGGAGUCAAGAAUGAGCCAUUGAUUGAGAAUCAUUCAUCACGACUCCCGCUUCAUGAUAGCGCUCUCUCCGGCAUAUGGAAACACCUCGAUCGCCGUACGGGCCGUUUUAUAUCCCGAUAUAAAUUUACCGAUUUCAACUCAGAUGUAACCGUAUGUACAGUUUUGCCUUUUACAUUUUGAGUGCAAUAUGAAAGGCUGUCAUGUACGCUCAUUAGGGAAAGAGAUUGUUAGCAGCUCGUUCUUUUCCAAAUGUAGUAGACGCUGACAUCAUUUAUUCAUUGUCAGUCUCUGUACUACAAGUUCAUAAUGGGUGGGCUCCCUUUUGAAGCGAGCGAGUUGAGCUGACUUCCACCCGUUCCGAUCGUAGUCUGUCAAAUUGCCAUCGGAAGACGCUUACCAGAAAUGGACGAGUCCUUAACUGCCGUUAACGGCAAAAGAGGUCCAAUCUAACGGAAGCCAGAGUGUUGAGGACAAACGAACGGACGUUCGUUCGGUUCCGGAUCGGAGUGGACGUAAACUCGUCACAGACUCACUCCGUUGCACGGCAGAAUGAUGAUCGGGCGUCCGUGGUCGUCAGCCGCACCGGAAAGUAUUACGAGCGCAAAACGGUCGACUUAAUAAAUGAAUGGGAAUUACGCCCGUAGUUUACCAUUGUUUUUGCGAUAUAUGUGUGUAUAUAUAGCAUCAGCCCUGCACGAUAUCGACACGAUCGACACAAAUAAGCCUGUUCCUUAGAUACCGAUGUUGGCCUGCCGAUGGCGCCCGAUUUGCACCGACUGGAUGGAUGGGAUUCCGUUUGCCCACAAGGCCGGACUGUUCUCCCCAGGUAUUUCUUAAAUGCCAGGAGAAGAGUCUGGGACCCGGCCCCUCGCUGGCCUCUCGAGCCACAAACGAACGUAUCCGUGCAAUGGGAUUUGUUUUUCGUGUUCUUAACGAGCAACGUCGCGCUUCCGCGUCGGAAGUCGUCUCCGCAACUAAACGGAUGGCUAACGGGAGAGUCGAGAAUAUGUUCCAAUCCGCGGUCAAUUUAGUUUUAAAUGACCAAAAACUUGCGCUAGCCACGUUGAAUAAACUUCUUCGUUCUUCUCGUAGGUUUACUUCCUCGCGCUAGAGUUUCUUGUCGCUUUACCAACGGCCGCCCGUCACCGAUCGGUCCGCUCCGCUGUCCGUUUGCCGUGGCUCGCCUCCCCGGGAAUUUGAUUUGCGGAACGGUCGCCGGACUCGAUCGCCGGAGCAGCGUCCAGUCUGGAGUUCCGGGUAAGGAUUCCCUAUUCCAUAGUAGUACCGGGAACGUGACUCCCCCUGCCGACCGUACGUUUGUAAUACAUGCGAAACAAUUCAAAAUUGCAACACAGUUGUUGGUGAUACUCUGCCAAUUGCGCGGUGGUCUUCAAAGUCAAAACUGCUAGUGAUAAGUAUUAGUAGGUAAUUGGAGCUCUCAAAAAUAUUAGGGCGACGUGUCGUUUCUGAUGACCUGACCCCAUAUUUUGUGAUAUCGGUAUCGUGAUAUGAAACGGCCCACGUCGUGAUGGGAUUUUUGUUCGUUAUAGCACAAAGGGAUUUGAAGAUGAUCGAAUCAUUCCCAAAUUCACCAAACUGUCAUUUUUGGGGGGGGGGGGGGGGGGGGUAACGCACUGAAAAAUCCAGACUUGUAAAGCAACAACAACAACAAAAAAAGACGAUUGAGCCUUUUUGAAAUGCUGCAAGAGUGGCCGCCACGUGCUACCUGGCUGCCGUUUUCAAGACUGCCCUUUCUACACCUUUGCCACUUGAUACUGUAGCUUUAGCUUUAUCAACAGUUUUUCUAGUGACUUUUUCAGUGGUUUGUUGUUUAGAAGAAGAAGAAGAAAAAAAAAAUCAGUCACGGGACCUGAAAGUGGCCAGCCUGGCUGACUGGCGAUGAUGAUUGCAAAGCGAAUUUACACUGGACUAGCUGACACUGGGCCUUUUUUCUAUUGCACUGAACGGCGCGACGGUUGGUCCCGAGACCAAUUUCGAUUCACUUUUGAGCCAUAUUUAGUCUAAAAAGCACUGAAGCGGCGCAUGGUGAAAAUCUCCAUCUUUAUGCACACGCCGCCUCGGGACCGACCACUAAGUGUCCGCCGUACGGCCGCGCGGCAGCCCGAAUAGAGGCGAGCGAGAGGGAGCCAAAUAUCCACUUUUGCCAACUGGAAAGAACGACUCGGAUUCGCUCGGACCGGCUCGUUCGCGUACACACUUUAGGUUGGCUGUAUAAUUUGUACUUACGGAAUUUUUGUCACAUGAAUGAUAGUUGACGCGACUCACAAAAAGUUGGUGGAGGGAAUGGUCAUUCAAAGUGCUUUACAUUGCAUGAUAAAUAGAAAUAACGACAGGAUUGAUCAAAGUAACAUGAAAUCGGUGUUUGAUUUGUCCUUUUGGUCUCUGUUGCUGUGUCAUUUAGUGCUUUUUUUCCCAUCCAUGUUCAAAUGAAGUACAUUUUGAAGAAAGAUUUGAGUUUUUUUCUGGUUUCAUUGUUAAGUGAGUUUUCUCUGAAUAAAUUCAAAGUCAUUUCACAAAACAUUUUGAACAAAAACAGUCACAGUUGUUGUUUUUUUCUUUGGUCGCCUAUUUUUCAAGAAACUCCUUCAUUGUCAUUGACAGUCUCGUUCGUUCAUUACAGCCGGGACGGCGGGCGCCGAGUGAUCUCCUUUAGCCGACGGACGCCCGAUCCGGUCGGGGCCGCGAAGCCCUUCCCGUCACAAUGGAUCGGACGUCCGUCGCCGUCAAUGGCGGCCGAUGACCGCCUCUGUGUCAGAAAAGCCCAACUUUUUGUGAGUCCGCACGCUGUAUUUCUUUUUCCACCUGUAAGCUUGUGAUACGCUGUUUUUGGCUGCGGGCCUGCACAUGUAUACUUGUGCUCAAUGUGCAUUCAAGAGCUUUAAAUACAAGUGCUGUGCUACUUUGCCACCAUGUGCGCGUCGCUCUCCUGUCUUUGUGUCAAAGGCACCAUCGAUUUUCAAUUGAAACGUUUUCAUCGGUUUCCCCGCCGUGCACCCCCGGCUCUCAAUCUGUUCGGCUAACCCACUUUUAGCAACCCGGCCGUUGCCCGUUUGCGGCUUUCCUUUCCAAUCAAUGUGAACAUUCAAUAUUUUGUCACCAGUCAGUUCAUUCUGAAAUGGGCAUAUGAUCUUGCAGAUAACAGUGGCGGUUGUAGGAUUUUUCUGAAACGGGGGCCAAAUGUCGUGUUUGUUUUACGCAGAUUAUCCCGCACGUGACGAUAAAAGCGUUGCUCAAAAGUGUCCGGCAAAGAUAAACCGGUAAAGUUUGUAAUCAUUAAGGAUACGAUCAUUUGAGUCACUUUUUUGAAAAGUCAUUCCAAACACGAAAAGCAACAUUCAUGUAUACCAUAACGGCACGAGCUCGUUCUCCCUCACCUGACAAAUGAUGGAUUUGCCGAUCGCCACGGUUUGUGCUAAAACGGGCACUUCAGUGGUCAUUCAAAUUAGAGGUGGGGCCAGUAGUCCACCCCUAAAAACGCCACUGACAUAUUUGUGUUUUUUUUUUCCCCCUUUUUCUCUUUUCGAAUUGAAAAUUCAAAAAAUGUCAAAAGAUUUUUUCUUCAUUUAAAUAUAUAUAUAUAUAUGGCGGGAAACAGACAAGGCUGAAAAAGCAGUUUCUGCUCUUGCACCCCUCUUUAAAAUAAACUGCUGUAUUUGAAGCCAAAACAACUGUUGUGUUUGAUAGAGCAAUAUGUCUAUAUGCUGCCAUAGCAGAUUCAUGGCGCAUUAAGCCCCCGAACUAUUUCUAAUUGUCCAAUUUACCCUGGAAACCCCCGUUUACAGACGUCCUGCAAUCACUUUUGUUUCAACCCAGCCAUAAAAAGAAGUAAUUAUAUUUAUUAUUCAAAAUGUCAUUUUUAGCUUUGAAUCAUUAACUGGUGUCUAAUAUUUACCAAAAAAAAAGAUGACUUUAAAAAAAUGAUUCACUCAUGUAUUUGAAACUUUUAAACAAAUCAUGUCACAAUGAAAAAAAUGGUGUCUGUAAAAAAGUCACGGAUAUCCACCUCGUAACUAUUGAUUAAUUGUAGUUUUUUGUUAGUUUUCCCCGAUAUGUUAGGUGAUAAAUAAUUGAUCCAAACAAAGAAAAAAAGGGAAAAAAAUGUAAAGGGUCAAUUUAUGAAAAAGAAAAUCUCAACCACUCCUUGAUGUCUGCAAUUUCUGCAUGGCGACCCUUGUUAUAUGACCAUGUUUCACCCAUAAAAUCCAGCUGUGGCCAUUGAAACAAGGCAAGUACGCGACAGUGUCUCGUUAAAAUCGUGGCAUCUUUAAUUGUGCUCUUUCAUGCUCUCAUCUUUGUCCUAUACGCAUGUCUGAUACAUCAUUGGAAAGCUUAAAAUCUCAAAGAGCAUUAAAUAAAAAGAAUUAAACCCCUAAACCAUAACAUGAGGUGAGAGCAUAAGAGACCAUUAUUAAAGACACCCUGAUUAUUGCAUACUUACCAUUUUUCAAUCCAAAAACUCCAUGUAGCGCGGAUCGCCGAGUGUCAAGACACAGCUGUGAAUGGCCACAACUUUUAGGGGAUUUGAAUUGUGAAACACGGUAAUAUAACAAGGGUCGUCAUGCAGAAAUCGCAGACAUGUAGGAGUGGUCGAGAUUUUCGUUUUCAAAUAUUUACGCUUUUAAACAUUUGUUUUUUUUUUGCCCAAUUUUUCUUUGUUUGGAUCGAUUAUUUAUCAGCUAACAAAAAAAUACAAUUAAUCGAUAGUUAUGAGGUAGAUAUCCGUGACCUAUUUACAGACACAAUUUUUUCAUUGUGACGUGAUUUGUUUGAAUAUUAUUUUUAAUAUUAUAAUAUUAUAUAAUAUUUAGUUUCAAAUAUGCGAGUAAAUCAUUUUUUAAAAGUUUAAUAUUAUUUUUAAUAUUAUAAUAUAUUAAUAUAUAAUAUUUCGUUUCAAAUAUGCGAGUAAAUCAUUUUUUUAAAGUCCUUUUUUUUUUUUUUUUUUUUAAUAAACUAAAUAUUAGACAUCAAUUAAUGAUUCCAAGCUAAAAUGAUAGACAUUUUGAAUAAAAAAUAUAAUUACUUCUUUUUAUGGCUGGGUUGAAACAAAAGCGGUUGCGCGGUGUCUGUAAAUGGGGGGUCUACAGGGUAAAACGGACAAAUUAAAACUAGUUUGGGUGCCAUGAAACCGCUAUGGCAGCAUAUAGACAUAUUGUUCUAUCAAACACAAGAGUUCUUUUUGGCUUAAAAUACAGCAGUUUAUUUGAAAGGCGGAUGCAAGAGCAGAAACUGCUUGUAAGAGCCAUAUUCCUGAUUUGUGUUAUUGUCAUUUUACUCCUUACCACUAGAGGCUGUCAAUCGUGUCUUUCUACUGGCCAGGGAUUAGCCCCGGUAGGCUAGAAAAGACAGCUAAUCAUGUCACAGGUGUUGGUAGUUAGGAGAGCAAAAGAGUUUUUGACUGUUUGAAUGUGCUUUUUUUUUUGUUUGUUCUGUUGUGGAUAGCUUUUGAGGCUUUUGGUCCGUUACAUUUAUUUGGACAAAGUGCUUUUGAGUUAAGUUAUUCGACGCCACCAAAAUAAACUAUUGCAUCGAAGAGAAAUGGACUCGCUGUGUAUGCUUUGCUUCUUCAACUGCACAAACUCCUAUCAUCCAGUACUUGACUGGGAAUAGGAAGUAGUCACUACACUGCUUUUUCAGCCUUGUCUGCGUUUUCCGCCAUAUAAAUAUAUCAUUACAUAUUUACCUUUUUUUUUCUUUGUAAUUUUAAUACAGCAAAAUGGAGUAUUUUGAAUACAAAAAAAAAAAAAAAAAACCUUACCCUCACCUCUAAAUGGAUUAGCGGUCAAUGAGUGAAAACAGAAAUUCCUAAAUAUUUCCAGUGAAAGCCAAAGCAAAGAAAUGACGGAAACAGUUUCUAAAUCUCUUUAUUUUCUCCAAAUCUGCAAAAGGUAAGGCACUGCCCAUAUAGCCAUUAUCAAAAAUAUAUAUUAGCCUCUCUCACAAAUAAAUAUGCUUGCAAUCAACUUCUACGGGCCAGCCUUAGUGGUCAAUACAGCGGAACGUUCCCUUCUAUGCAAAGGGACGUGAAAAAUAUAGAAUUCUGCAUGCAACACAAUCGCCAGGUCCCAAAUAUGAAAAAAUAUCAUCUCUGUAAGGCCGGAAGCGUAUACGCCGAUUCCGAUCGUGCCACUCGUGGAAUAAAAAAAAGCAUAUUUGAUAAAUGAUUACAUUUAUAAAAAAAUGCAUGCAGGAAUACAACUAUAACCAAAAAGCACUGAUGGUGACAUCAUCACAUCAUAAAGUAGGUUUUUUUUUUUUCCAUGAAUAUGAUCCCAUUUUUUUAGAUGUCUAAAGCAAAAGAGUGAUAAAAGUUACUUUUUCAAAUGUAACUUUGGCAAGUUUAACUUGACCAUCAUAAAAUGUUCUGAUACCUUACAAUUUGUUAAAAUAGUUCUUUUUUAAUUGAAUAUUUUUUUCAAAGGAAGGGCAUCAAAGUUGUAAAAAUAUAAAAGAAAUAUUUGUUUUUUUUUCCAGAACCAGAGAACUUGUCCAUUUUUUUGGCCAUUUAGGGGUAGUCCAAUUCCUACCCGGACCAUAGAUAUUACAUGUAUAGAACGGGAUUGAGGCGGUUAACUUAUUCACUGCUCUUUUGUCGGCGAUUGCAUGGUUUUCUCCACAAAAAAUCGAGAGACAUUUUCAAAGGACAAAACAUAUUCACGUAAUUAAGAUUCAGGCUGAAUGUCGGGGGAAAAAAAGUCAUUAGUGUAUUUUCAAGUUCGCUUAAAUAACUGCAUCUCUGAUAGGGUCCUACUUCUGCUCUUUCCAGCCGUGUGGCCAAUUGCAUAUGUAGUAUGUUAUUCUUAUUGAUUAUAUUUUGUUACCCUCUAUUGACGCGACGCGAUCGGGCCCAAUGUCCGAUCGAUCGAGCGAUCUGAUCGGGGACAUCCCUCAUUUCUGAUGUUUACGAAAAGUGAGGAACAGAUAGCUAUUUCAAAGUACACACUCCAUUGAUAAUGUUAUGUUUAGCGAACGGAACGGACCCAAAAUGGCCGUCCCGAUCGUCUCGCGGCGCAUAACGUUCCACGAAUAUCUAUUGCCCGGAUCCCCAAAAUUAAUGGGGGAAAGGGAAAAAAAUCCCCUGCAAAAGAACAAUCCAAAAAUUGAAAUGACGGAAAUGCCGUCAAUCGUCCGAUCAAAGCGUGAGGAUGGUGGGCGAGUGCAAGGAGUGAUCGGAUUGGUCGCCGCUGCUGCUGCUGCGCCGGUGCGCCGCCCCGCAAGGUUGCGGGGCCUGCUGGGGGACGUCGGCGGGAGCCGAGGGGUAGGUGAAAAUCAUGCUGGCCGCCAAGGGGGUGAGGGACGGAGUGGACGCUAGGACGGGGGUGUGCAAGGACUCGGACUCCUGGCCCGACGACGACGACGCGCUCUUGGCGGGGAGGCUGAUCUUGGGUUUAACCUUUUGGGUUUUGGCGGGGGCCGGCCCGGGAGCGGCGUACUCCUCGGGCUCAGUCUUGACGAGCGCCGAGGACGAGAGCCCGGCGCCCGCGUCGCCAUCGGAGUCGGAGGAGUCUUGGAUUUUGCAGAUGGGACGGUGCGC